UAAAUGUCUAAAUCACACUCUCCAUGUCUCAGUGGAAGAUGAAGUGCUGUCCGUGUGACUCUCGGAACCCGGCGGCCUAUAAUGCGCACACGAUCCAGAACGUGAUCUCCAGCGCCGGGCCCAACCGAUGGUGGCAGUCUAAGAAAGAUGUGAGUCCCGUGGCGCUGCAGCUGGAUUUAAAUGGAAUGUAUCACCUGGAAACCGUCUUACUCUCUUUUAAGGGCCCGAGGCCUGACGCGCUGAUCGUCGAGAGGACGAGGGAUUUCGGUCGCUCUUGGCAGCCCGUCCUGUACAUGGCCACCAACUGCCCAUCCACCUUUCCUCAGGUGAGCACUUCGUUCCCUCGCCCCCUCGAGGAAACGUACUGCUACACGCUGCCAUCCACCGCCGACGACCCCUACAGGGACCAGAAGAUUUACUUUUAUCCUCUGCGUCAGCUCGCGGACAUCGAUCUGCCGAACGAAUACAAAAUCGAAGUGGCGUCUGGGUUCACGGGUCUGCGGGUCAAUCUGACCCAGCUGGGGUCGGUUCCCAGCAUGCCGGGCCGCAGUCUGAACCAGUUUUACGCCCUGCGAGAGAUGCGGGUGAUCGGAUCCUGCUUUUGCCACGGACACGCCAACCGCUGCCACGACCUGCCCAACACACAGGUGGGCGGUGUGUGUGAGUGUCAGCACAACACGGCUGGCGUGAACUGUGAGCGAUGUGACGACCUCCACAAUGACCUUCCCUGGAGACCCGCGGAGAACGGAAACACACACACCUGCAAACGCUGUGAGUGUAAUAAUCACGCGGAUCGCUGUCACUUUGACGCGCAGCGUUACGAGGCGAUGGGUCGCAGGAGUGGAGGAGUGUGUGACGACUGCACUCAUCACACCGCCGGCCCCAACUGUGAGCGCUGCGCUAACAACUACUACAGAAACCCUCUGAGCGACAUCAGGAGCCCCGACGCCUGCCUGCGCUGUCUGUGUAGCGCGGCUGGCUCUGUGAACGGUGGUCAGUGUGACACUCAGACGGGAGCGUGUGUGUGUAAACCAAACGUAGAAGGCGAACGCUGUGACCGAUGCAAAGCUGGAUACUACAACCUCAACGCCAACAACCCUCUGGGCUGCUCCAAGUGCUCUUGUAGUCCAGACAGCUCUGUCAGCGGUGUGUGUGAUCAGCUGACGGGUCAGUGCGAGUGUCGCCCUCAUGUGGAGGGUUUGUCAUGUGACCGCUGUGCUGUGGGUUACUGGAACCCGUCAUCGCCCUACGGCUGCCAGCCAUGUAACUGUGACCCCGUCAACGCCCGCAGCGCCACCUGUGACCAGCGCACAGGUCAGUGUCUGUGUCGCCCGGGCAUCGGGGGCCGGACCUGCAGCGGUUGCCCUGACAACACGUACGGAGAUCCUCUGAUUGGCUGCAGACCGUGUAACUGCGACCCGUCGGGCACGGAGUCGGGCGGCUGUGACAAACACACAGGCGCGUGUCUCUGUAAACCGGGCGUAACCGGCGCCCGCUGCGACGCCUGCAGCCGCGGCUACUGCGCCAGUUUCCCAGAAUGCCCAGCAUGUCCGUCCUGCUUCUUCAGCAUGAACGGGCAUCUGCAGCAGCUCACGCUGACCCUGGAGCGACUCUCGAACCAGCUGAUCCUGUCCGGCGGCAGACCGACCUCCAGCGACGCCAGCCGCAGGAUCCGCACGCUGAUGGACGCCCUGAGACGCCUGCAGGACACCGUGAGUGUCCCGCCACAGUCCAGCCGCGCACUGACCGACGCCCUGCAGAGACUCAACCAGAUCAGGUCUCAGCUGAAUGGUUUGACUGAGGAUCUGGCAUCGCAGCCGAGGGACGGUGAUAUUGAUCGCAGUCUGGACGACCUGCAGGCACUUCUGUCGUCUCUGCGUCUUGAAUAUUUCACCAAGAGAGACGCUUUCACUAACACCGCCGGAUCCAACAACGCCAGCACCUUCUACGCCAUCCAGAAGUCGUACGAAAAGUCGACGGACGCCGUCAAACGAGCCGACGCUGCUAAAGACACGCUGAAGAAGUCAGAGGGCCUGCGUGAAAACGCCUUGAGUGACCUGAGAGACGUGCAGCCCGGAAACACUAGAGACCUGGAGAAACUCAAGAAGGAUCUGGCAACCCGGCCGAAUCUGACGCCCACAGCAAACAAGGUGUGCGGCGGUGAUCGUGUGGAUUCCUGCACUCCGGAGCGCUGCGCUGGCGAUCUGUGUCCUCCUGACGGAGCGCCCCCUUGUGGAGCAGAGGAGCCUUGCGCCGGAGCGCUGCCCAACGCCAACAAAGCCUUCCAGGACGCCGACGAGGUGAAGGCCAAACUACAGGAUCUCAACAACAAGAUCACGCAAGCAGCUGCACAGAUACAGGAAGCUGAAGAUUCGGCCAAUAGGGUGAGACUGUCCACAGAUGAGCUGGCCAAUCAGAUCAAGCAGGUGCAAGCCGACGUGGAUGAAGACCUGAAGGACACCAAAGACUUCAUAAACAAUCUCAGAGACUUCCUGUCAGAGCCUCAUUCAGACCCGGAUGAGGUGCAGCGGGUGUGCGAGGCCGUUCUGGAUGCUCAGGUUCCUCUGAGCGUGCAGAAGCUGAAGCAGAAGCUGAAGGAGCUGCAGGAUCUGGCAUCUUCACUGCCAGACAGCAGCAGAGUCCUGGAGAGCAGCAGAGAGCAGCUGGAGAACGCCAGACACCUGCUGGAGGAGGCUAACAACACACGUGACGCUGCGUUCGGUAUCCAGCAGGACGCUGAGAGCAUCCUGAAGACGAUGGACGACAACGAGGAUAUUUUCGAUGAGCUGGAAGACAAGAUCCGUCAGAGCGUCGACAUCGCAAACAAUGUCAAGAACGACGUCAAACAGAUAGAGGAUGCGCUGAUGCCCGCCGAGCAGGGGAUUGUGGGAGUCACAGGGCUGCUGGAUGAGAUGCGCCCCCUGCUGGACGACCUGAGGAAAGAUGUGACGACGGGAACGACGCAUGCGAACGAAGCUCAGGAUCAGGCCGAUUCAGCUCAGGGCGAAGCCGAACACGCAGCAGAGGAGCUGGAAGCACUGAAGAAGGAGUUUGAGCGAUUGAAGCGUGCGGCGGCUGAGAGCACUGAGGCGGGCGAAGACUCCGCCCACUUACAGGUGCUGCAGAAGGAGGCGGAGUCUCUGAUGACGGACACCAGCGACAUCAUGCAGGCUCUGAAAGAUAAGGAGGCGUCGGUUCGUCAAGGAGGGGCGGAGCUGCAGAAGAAUGCAGCGCGACUGACCGGUCUGGACGAUCAGGUGAAGAAACUCCGAGACGACAUCCGCUAUAAAGUCACCAGCCUGAGCAUAUGCCAGGGCUGAGAAGCACAACACACACCAGGAACAACACUACUAAUAAAGCAACUAAUAAAGUGUCUGAAUGAA